ACCUAGUACAGUCCAAAACAUGGAAGUCCGAAUGUUGAGAGAGCUUUCGCAUUCAGAUUGAGAACAGCUAGAUGGCGUUUCUGAGAUCCCUCUGCCGUACCGCUGCGGCGGGAGCCUCCGUUGCCACGCUCCGAUCAUCCAGAUCCGCCGCUCCCAGUCAGCUGUUGCGCCAUCGUUUCCUCUCCACGCGGGGAUUCUUCGCUGUUUCUUCGUGUCCUUCUAAUCGAACUCCUUACGAUUGUCGGUAUCCUCGAGCAAUGGAUAUUGGACAAGUGCGCAGCUUUAGUGAAGAUGUGUCUCACAUGCCUGAAAUCAAAGACAGUGGUGUUCUAAAAGCUUUCAAAGAACUGAUGGCUGCAGAUUGGGCAGCGCUACCUUCUGCUGUUGUUAACGACGCCAAAAACGCAGUCUCGAAAAACACAGACGACAAGGGAGGGCAAGAGGCCUUAAUGAAUGUGUUCAGAGCAGCUGAGGCUGUUGAGGAAUUUGGUGGGAUUCUCACUUCCUUAAAGAUGGAGAUCGAUGAUAGCAUUGGAAUGAGUGGGGAGAAUGUUAAGAGCUUACCAGAAGAUAUAACCAAAGCGCUGCAUCUUGCUUAUCAUAGGUAUACUACCUACCUAGAUGCGUUUGGGCCUGAAGAAGUUUACUUGAAGAAGAAGGUUGAGAUGGAGUUGGGGACAAAGAUGAUCCACUUGAAGAUGAGAUGCAGCGGGCUCGGUUCAGAGUGGGGAAAGGUUACCGUUCUUGGAACCUCAGGACUCUCGCGGUCAUACGUGGAGCAAAGGGCAUAAAACAAAGAAGAGAAGAUCGUCAAUAAGAUCCAAAACUUUUUAUGUUGCUAAUUGCGUGUAAUAAGGUCGAUAACUGACCAAUGACAUAUAUGGUGAGUUUGUUCAUUAUUUCCUUCAAAAUGAAGCUUUUCAAAGUUAAAGCUUAACAACAACACCAAUUGAAAAAUAAAUUCACAGCUCCGACAAUUUUUAACA